UUCAGAAUCUUGUGACCUUUUUCUUCAUUCGUUCACUCUCUAUCUCUCUCUAUUUCUCCUUUCUUCCUUCUUCUUCUUCAAUCGAUUUCUGCUCAUAAGUAGAAUGAAUGUUUCAAAGUUCAUCAAAUGUGUUACAGUUGGAGAUGGAGCUGUCGGAAAAACCUGCAUGCUUAUCUGUUACACCAGUAACAAAUUCCCCACUGACUAUAUCCCAACUGUAUUCGAUAACUUCAGUGCAAAUGUGUCUGUUGAUGGAAGUAUUGUGAAUUUGGGUUUGUGGGAUACAGCGGGUCAGGAAGAUUACAGUAGGUUAAGGCCAUUAAGUUAUAGAGGUGCAGAUGUGUUUGUUCUUGCUUUUUCAUUAUUAAGCAGGGCUAGCUAUGAAAAUGUACUAAAAAAGUGGAUGCCGGAGCUCCGUCGGUUUGCACCCAAUGUUCCGAUUGUUCUUGUUGGAACAAAGUUAGAUCUUCGCGAUAACAACCGAGGUUACAUGGGCGGUGAAUACUCGGAUUACAAUAUCGUAACAACUUCCCAAGGUGAGGAGUUAAGGAAACAGAUUGGUGCAGCAGCUUAUAUAGAAUGCAGUUCUAAGACACAACAGAAUGUGAAAGCGGUUUUCGAUACUGCGAUUAAGGUUGUGCUUCGACCUCCUAGUCAGUCGAGGAGGAAAGAUGUUUCGAAGAAGAAAAGCAGUCGCCAUAGAAGAAGCAGUUGCUCUCUUGUAAGUGGCAUAAUGUGUGGAGGCUGUACUGGAUAAGAACAAGAUCAAAAUGAAACCGCGGAAUUUGAAAUCUUUUGUUGUUGUUGAUGAUGACUAAUUGACUAUGUAUUAAGGGUUUUUGUUGUUUUAAGAAGAAUGAAUGAAUUGGUGAUUGGAUUAGGAAAUGGAUGGGGGAAUUGUUCAUUCUCUCAUGUGUAUCAUUUUGUGGUUUCUUUCUAUGA